AUGUCUGGCUGCGAAAGAGAAUGUCUAAACAACGGGCUUUGCGAGGGACCUUUUCACGGACGGUACAUGUGCAACUGCGCUACUGGUUAUACCGGAGACACGUGCCAACUGGUCUCAUGGGAUCAUCACGAAGUACCCCUCUGGUUCACGAAAGAAAUGAACGAGCGAAACGAUGUCCUCGAAGCUGAAAAUGACCUCUUGACUGGACUCUGCAUCUUUAUGGGCUUUGGAUUCAUGAUCAUGAUUUGCGUCUCAAUCUUCGUCUACAGAAGAUAUCAAGCCGCAGCAGUUUCUUAUCAUCAUCAAGAAAACGCGAUAAUUCGAAACUUCAGCAAAUCAUCGAUGGAGAACUCGGAGCAUGAGACGGUUUUCAUUCCUUCUGCGAAAACUGCAGGGACUGAUUAA